AUGCAUUUCUCCAGCCAGUGCAGUUUCAAGGAACAUAAGUGCCGGGACUGCGGUCAGACGGGGCACAAGGAAGGCUACUGUGGGUGCUUCAAGCAGCGAUCGAAGUUCAAUAAAGGGAAGCAGCAGCAUAAACCAAGGCACUCGAAUAAGAUCGUCGUGGUAAAGGAUGUGAAGCGGAGCCGUCGGUACGUCGAAACCAACAUCAACGGUGUGCCAGUGAACCUUCAACUGGAUUCCGGGUCCGACAUAACCAUCAUUUCUAAACAAAAUUGGAUCAGAGUCGGGGCACCACAGACGUCACCACCCGACUGUCAGGUGCAGACUGCUUCGGGAAGCAGGCUUGCUAUCGAUGCGAUGUUCCGAGCCUCCAUCACCAUCGGCAAUACCCAACGGGAAGGCUCAGACUUGUUGGACGAGUUUGGCCUGUGGGACGUUCCAUUUUCGUCCUUCUGUAAGCUGGUCGACACCAAACAAGAAGACCAGCAGAUCGCCGAGUUGAGGGCCAUGUUUCCAGACGUUUUCACGGAACGCAUGGGCCUCUGUACGAAAACGCAAGUACAUUUCACGCUCAAGGAGGGAGCUCAACCAGUAUUCAGGCCUAAGCGACCGGUAUCAUACGGUAUGGAAGUGGUCGUCGAAGAUGAGCUGAAGCGCCUAGAACACCUGGGCAUCAUCACGCCGGUUACGUAUGCAGAUUGGGCAGCACCGAUUGUGGUGCUACAGUCAAACAGCUAUCCUCUGCCUCUUCCGGAGGAUAUCUUCAAUCGAAUGGCAAAUUGCACUAUAUUCAGUCACAUCGACCUGUCCAACGCCUAUCUACAAGUUCCCGUAGACGAGGAAAGUCGCAAAUUGAUUAAUAUCAAUACCCAUAAAGGACUGUACCGGUUCAACCGUCUCUCACCCGGAAUCAAAAGCGCACCGGGAGCGUUCCAACAGAUCAUGGACACGAUGCUAUCCGGCAUCGAAUGUACGUCACCCUACCUUGACGACAUCUUGAUCGGUGGCCGGAAUGCGGAGGAACAUAGACGAAAUUGA